GUAACUUUUUUCCUUCUUUAUGGAUUUUUUUUCUCUUUAUCGCCUUGAGUCUAGAUAAAAAAAAAAAAGGAUAUGUAACAAAAGAUGAAUUAAUUUCUGCUGUCAAAGAUGUUAACAUGUAUGUACAUGUUACGCUUCUGUUGUACUUCACGAAAAUGAAAUAAAAAAUUAACUCAUAACAUCAGUCAAUUUUGCGUUUUAACUGAAUUAACUUAUACACAAAAUGAUUUUUUAAAUUUACGUUACGGUAAUAUCGCAAAUCGCGAAAAAAACACUACACAUCUCGCGUAACUCUUGCGAUUGACCGACUGAUAUUUAUUGCGAUCGGUUCGUAUAAAAAUUCACCAGUAUAUUUAAACAUUUAAUCCAUAAAAGAGACGCGCGAUGAUGUCGUCACUCGGACAGUGCGGCAUCUGAAUAUUGAGUGAAAACAAAAAUGGGAUAUUGUUCGUGGGGAGACGUAAAACCGGCGUGUAAUUCUGAAGAGGAGGGUUAUGAGAAUCAUCGAGAUACGUCUGGAAUCGGAGAGAAAAGAAGAAGUGGUCAAGUUUCCGGUAUUUUUGAACAAAACGUGAGCAAAGCACAGAACAACAAAUCACAUUCGCCUUCAACUCUAGCUCUGUCGAGAUCGAGCGAUGUCGAUUGGCAGUUUUGGGCCGAGGACGAGCUUAGCAAUACGGAAUCGCGACAGAGAUUAACAACGAGACGGAAACGCCGUCGCAGCAUAUCCUAUAGAAAUCGCGCUGCAAAUAGAAGUCGAUCUCGCGCUCCUAAUUCUUCGAGUUCCAGCUCAAGUUCGAGCAUUCACGCUUCUUCGCCUACAGUUCGCAAAACACGAAGACACUGUCGAUGUCGAGCAAGAUCUGAGAAAACGAGAGAACAAUUUGUCAAUAGGGAAAUACCAAGUGCGAGCAUCGGAGAAGCGACUUGUACAGCGAACAACGUCGUCGUCGCGAAAUGUGAAAUUCCAUCUACGUCUGGUCAAAAAUUGACUGAUGCGUGUUUCAAGAGUCCUCGGACAGUUUUAUUAUCCACCAAUCACUAUGAACAAACAGAUGACACAGAACAGGAUGUCCGACAAGAUAAAAACACUUUAUCCAAAAAGAAAUAA